UUGUGGGUAACGGUCCCCAUGGUAGCCGUGGUAAACGCUUGUGUGCCGUUGCAGCUGCAAGUAUCUCAACCAUGGCCGGAGAGGAUCCGUUUUUUCGAAAGAUAUCAGCGCUUCAACAAAGCAUGCAUGCCACGGAGAAAAGAAGACUGGUGCUGGAGAGGGAAUUGUUUACAUACUGCAAAUCUGAUAAACGAAUCUUACAGAUAAAGUGUUCCAAACUGCGGAGUUAUCACAAGCAGAUCUGUGACAGGGAAGCACGAGCGAAAAUGAGAAACCUUGAGCUUCUCAGAGAAGUGGAGAGUCUGGAAAUUAGCAUGCGUGGUUAUCGACCUGACCUUGGACCGCUGAAGGAACUCAAGGCUCAAUACUUCACAAAGAGUUCGAAAUGUGUGGAGGACAAAAAGGGAAUGGCUCAAAUCAUGAAAAAGGACAAAUCUUCACACCGACAGUCUGAUGGAAGCAGUUCGUUUUCUCCACAAGCACCAUCAAGCGUAUUUUUGGACCAGCAGACUUGCAGAGGACCCAACACCAACAGUGAACACUCACACCAAGCAUUCUCCUGUUCAACCAAUCGCAGUGCGCACUCCGGCAAACGUCUACCAAGUGGCCUUUUGAAGGACUCCGGAGUUGGCGGAGAGGAAGCUGCUUGCAGCCGGGCACAUUUAUCAGAUGACAUUUCAAGCUCAAACAAUUCUCCUGACGGCGGUAAUUUGAGUGACAAACAUGAAAGAACAUCACUGGAUUUCACAGCAGUCCAUGCCUCCAUGGGAGUUGCUGCCGUAAUGCCGUUUGAAGGCGAUGAUGAAGGUGGAGCUUUAUCUCUUGUGACCUUGACAAGACCUGAGAGGAACCCAUCGCCUGGAAGCAGCUGCCAUAGUCCUAUGAGGAGGAUAAAGAAUCCUCUGGAAGGAAAGAAUGACUCCACAGAAGUGACUCCUCAACUGUCACCUAAAGCAGAUGUCCAUCAACAAACUCCAGAACAACGGACGAGCUUAAGCCAACCAAGUCCUGCGGUGCCACUGUCGGACAGCAGCGCCAGCGACCUUUCCCUCACUCUGACACAAUCUGAGCUGGAGGAAGAUUUUGAGGAGGACUCUGAGAGCAACUGCAACUCCGAUGACAGAGCUCAUCCACAGAAAACACCACCUGUGCCUGCUCCUGAAGCAUUUUGUCAAUCUCAUCAGGCAAACAAAAAAGUGGAAAUACCUCAAAGUGUCUCACAGGAAGGACUCUUUUAUUUGCUCGACUGCAUUGAAGCACGACUCGGUGUUGCGCCGCAUUUGUACAAAGAUUCUGCCGUGGAUGAAAAGCGACUCAACAGAAUCAUCAGGCUUUGUGAAGGAAGAAGGGGCAUGAAUGACGAAGACCUUGAAGCAUGUGGAGCAGUCGUCCUUCACCAUCUUCAGGUGUUGUCUCGCAGUACCGAGAUGGGCUGUUUACUGCCGCUGGAGCUUGUCAGAGCUCACCAGUUGUGCACUCAGCAUGAGCAGAUCAGCUCCAGUCUUCCUCCUGAUGCUGCUCGGCUGUGGGAUCGCUGGUUCAAGCAUGCCCUUCUGCUCAAGGAGCACAGUAUCCUCAACACCGAGGGCUUGGUCCAGCUGUUCGCGCCUCGACUGCUGGAGAGCAAUGCCACAUACAUCCACCAGGCCAAAGUGCUGCUGAGGACACUUCUGUCCCGGUCCAGUGAGGAGUGCCCCUCAGCAGAGGAGAGUGAAUUGUCUUCAUCGCGUGACCCUCCUUCCUUCCAGGCCGACGGUGAAAAAGUACAACCUUCCAGUCAGCUGCCUGAGCAGAAAGUCCAAGAUCUACAAAGUAGUGAAGAGGACAGCCAGGACGAAAGCCCUGUGGAAAGUGUUCCUAUUAGAGAAACCAAAGCGUAUCAGUUACUUAAACAGUCAGUCAUGCAGGAGAGACCCAAGAGUUCUGAUGAGAGCGAGGAAGAAGAUGACGGUGCCUCAGGAAUCAAUCGUGGCGGUGAAGUGGACCUUGGGUGGGCCAGACGCUCCUCACAUCAAGACCCUUACCCCGGAAAGGAGAGGACUAAUUCAAAGGCGUAUUCUGUGCUGGAGUCCAAAGCUUUUUGGGGAGAGACGGACGACAGCAAUUCGGAGAUCGAGGCAGCCGUACGUCCUCAACCGGUGAACGCAGAGAGCGAUGACGACUUCUACGACUGAAACAGGAGGGUUUUAGCAUUAUAUCAUGGUACGAGCAGCUUGUCGCACUCUGAUAUUGCAGCACUAAAUCACAAGAAUAAAAAAACAAAUAAUAAAGUUGACAGCUCUCACGCUGGGUAAAGUACAUGAAGAGUUGUCCAACGGCGAUGUUAACCCUGCUUCUGUCUCUUUAUCUGAACAACUCUCCCAGCUCAUAAUAGCAGCUCCAAAUAGAUUAAACUGAUCUUUUAAAGCGAUUUGUUUGCACUGGGCUGGAAAUCAUGCAUUUUGAAUGCCGCGAGCAUCUGCGAGUGCUCUGCCUCCAGCACGCUCAAGUGUAGUGAUGUGAGUCACCUGUGAAAUGACAAAGCACAAUGGCCACUCUGCACGCCACGCUGCGACCUGUGAUCCCGCUGAAGAGGCCCCAUCUCCCGGGGCACAAAGUGUCGAACAAACUGUUUUAUUUAUUUUAUUUUUUUUCUUUCACACCAUGGCGUCUGUCUAAUUUGUUGUGUUUAAUGUGCGUCUUCAUUCUGUGGAUCUUUCUGCAUCUAUUUUCACUUGUAGAGCUGCUGUGUGGGAGGCUACAUCCCCAACUUUGCAUUUCAGCUCAUCACAUCCGCACUGCGCGUAACUGGUCGCAUCAAGAGUCUGCCGCAUUCCAUUAGCAGGCUGUAGGUGACUUUACAUUCCUGAACCUUCUAAAGUAGGACUCCACAUUCAUUAGCAGUAAUUUCUGCACACGGCCCUGACCCACCACCCAAAAACAGAACCCAGCAGAAUCAUUCGGAGCUUGCUAAAAGGCUCCUGAACAUAAUAUCCAUGUUAAGGAGCAUGUCAACAGACACUCGUGUGCGUUCCAUCUUUUAUUAACGUGUAUUAUGUGUUUCACAAGAUGGUCAUUUUAUGGUCAGCUGUUUUCAUGUGUUUCAAUGAGUUACAUGUUCGUGAUGAAACACUGACUGUCAUUAUCAUCCACCAGAGAUGUUUGUUGCGUCUUUGAUUUUUAUUAAAAUUCCAAGAAUUUCUUGUCCUGGAAUUUCCGUUGAUAUUGAAAUAGUUUCCUGAUUUUGUUUAAAAUUCUUCUUUUUCAGUUUAGUUACAAUUUCUUAAUGUUAUUUGCGCUGUUUACAAAUCAAAAAUACAUCUGAAGUAGAAGGACUGUGUUUUAUUCAUUCCUGCAAUAGACUGGCGACCUGUCCAGGGUGUAUUCCUGGCUCUCGCCCACUGACAGCUGCUCCAGCACUCCCCGCAACCUAGAACAGGACAAAGCCGUGGUUAACUGUAGAGAUGGGUAAAUGAGGCAUCAUAAAGCGUUUCGCCACAAUACAACACUGUGGUGAUACUGUGUCACUGAAUACUGACGCCUGCUGGACAUUAAAAAUCCCUGCUUGACAGACUGAGCUGACACUGACUUGAUGACCCACAGUUCACAAUAGUAUCAUCAGAAUCCGUCUUUGUAUUCAUAGUGUAUUAUUCCAUAUCUUUAAAUAAUGUGAACAUGUAUCAUAAUGUGAAAAUCUAAGUGAAAACGGUUUGAAUGAGGAUGCUUUUGGACUUUUUGUUUUUACAAACUUUUAUUUAAAGCAAAUGUUUUUCCAAUGUUUUUCAAUUUUCAAACUUAAAUUAUAACUUUAAAUUAAUUUGUACUAGAAUGGGACAAGACAAGUCGAAAAUCUGAGACAAACUAAGAUUGAAAUAAUUACAUUAUUCUCUGAUAGGAGAUCAAAAUGGCUGCACACGGCAGACAACUAGCGUUUCCCCUGGAGUUGCUCCACAAAGAUGAUCACGAGGAACCCUGAGAUUAGAUUGUUUCAGCAGUUGCAUCCUGUUGAUAGAUGCGCUUCCUAAUAAACGCAGUUCGGCACGUUUUUGCCGAGUCGACACAGUCACAUGACUGUAUUGAAGCGGUACGCGCACCGACUCGGGGAUUGCUCUCUGAGCUCAGCGCAUGCACUGUUGCAUCGCUUCCAUGUCGAAAUAAGAAAAAGAAGAAUUUAAAUCAUAAAUAAAUAAUUGUCUAAAAUAUCCUUAUAGUAUAGCACAGUAUUGCAUGACCUAGUGUAUCAGUGUUUGCUUGUGAAGGUCCUUGGUUUGCUGACUUGUCACCCAAAUCUAAUGACAUCGUAUUUUUCAUCCUUCUGCAAAUUCUAUUGUUGUUUUGGUUGCUAAAAAAUUGUGCCGCUGCAAGUUGACCUAAUGCCCCCCAUAUUAAACAUGUUCUGUCACCACCAAAAAACUGGUUCAGUGGCGGCGACAGCAGACAAGGUUGGUUGUCAGCGAUCAAGUGAGGCAGCGAGGUCAAUACCCUCAGUGUGAAGGCGAGGCCACAACAAGAACUAAACGGUAACUCAUGGAUGGUUUGUAUGAUAGUCUGGGCUUCCCAAGGAGAUGUGGAAGAUUACAAGAGUGUGGCUGAAGCUUUUACCAGGACCCUUUACUAUGGAGGGUUAAAAAAUAAAUAAAUGAAUCAUGUUUCAUGGGCAAGUUAGUACUGUCAUCAUCUUUCACCAGGAACAGUUUUUCAUUCAAGUAUUUCCUUUGUUCCGCUUACCUACGUUACCAGGUGCUGAAAUGUUUAUGUUAAAACGUUUAUUUAAGAAGUCUUUCGGGAAGCUUUUUUGUUGAAUUAUUCUCUGUCUGCUCUAAUACUUAAGUCUGAAAUGAAAGAAACAAACAUAAUUUAAUUAACAUUGAAAUUGUGAUUAGUAAGUAAAAUGAAUUCAUGUUGAUGCAGUCUUUUCAUGAUUUAUAAAGUAUUUUCUAUUUAAAUUGAUUCAUUUUUGUUGCACAUUUCCUACUAAAGAAAAGACGUUCAUCACUUUUAUGGUUCAAACUCAAACCUCCAUUCAUCAUUUGACAUCAAGCCCAAAAUUAGCAUGGCAGGCGAGAAACAUGGCAUAAAUAGUAAAAGUUUUGUGUCUGUCAAAUGAGAUGCUGAAGGUUUUUGCGUUGAUGUGAAGGCAUCUGGAGUCUAAAGUCGACCGUCCUUGAGCACAAUAAUGACAUGUGGGCUAAAGCUGAACAUUAACAUGGGGACCAGAGAUGACUUGACUGCGAGAACUGUCUCUUUUCUUAUUCAAAUUGAGCUCAGUUGUGACAAACCUAAAUCCUAAUUUGACAUUAAAAAAAAACCUCUCCUUUCAUGUUCUUGAAUUUAUUUGCGUUGGUCUCUGUUGCUGCCGAGGAUGCUGGCUCCUGCUUUAAAGAAAAAAAAAUCAACUAAUAUUGUAUUAUUACAUAUUUACAAUGUUAUUGUAUGUUUUUUCCCCUCCAAGGCUGACAGUUCCAACAGUCUUCAUAUUUCAGUUAGUCAAGUGGUCAAGUAACCUCGUCUGAGAAAAGAGACUAGAAAACAAAACGUGAAGAAAUUCAAAAUAAUGGAUGUUGCAAAAUUCUCCAUUGUGAGGACCACUAGUUGUGUUUUAAAAAAAACUGCAUCACUUUGGCAAUUGCGAGGAAAACUGAUGUCAAGUGGAAAAGCUAGAAUGUAAUUUGUACUGAAAGAUAAUUUAGGUUUAACUCAUUUAACAUAGUGCCAGAAUUUAUCUGGCUGGUCAACGUGCACAUUGCCAUAAAACAAGACUUUAUCGAUCAUCCAGCGUGGAUAUUCAUUUGUCAGUUAAACACAUAAAUGUAGUGUCGGUGACAGAAAGAUUGCGAUGUUUCUGUAGCAUGUCUCAGAUUCCUAAUGUAGAUGUUAUGGACAUGGAAGUAUGCUGCGGUCCAGUAGCCACCAUUGUUUCAUAUUCUUCAGAAAUGACUGACAGUGAGCUAGAGCUAGUCCCAUAACUGUUGUAGAUUCUUUUGGCCGUUGGCACAAGUAAGCGUCAGAUAGGUUCAGUCCUGAUCUGGGGUACGGUGAGUCUCCGACUGAAGGUACAUUGUUCACCAUAGAGGGGGAGUGAGUGGUUGCUUAUGCUGCAGGCUUUCAACAGUGUCCCCUCCUCUCUCCAAAAGUAGCUGGGAAACGUGUCUCAGUCGGCACAGAAUGAAUAACUGACACGAUAAAUCACUCAAAAAUAAAGUUGAUUCAGAAAAAAAACAACUGUUGUUCUCUAAAUAAUUGAUAAUUAUGAUAAUAUACAGGUACAUUUUUUUAACUCAACUUUCAGCUGCUCGAUGUUUUCGAAGCGUUUACCUGAGCACAUCUAAGGGCUGUAUAGUUGCUGCACAAAUGUUUGCUUAGUACGCUGAAUCUCACUAUGUAGGCAGCUUCAUGUCUUCAAAUGAACUUACACUUUUGUUGGAAUUGUUUCUGAGACGUCCAGUGAAGGAACGUCUCUACAAAGAUAUUGUUUCUUGUGCAGUUUAUCAUUAACAUGAGGUCAUUGAAUGAAGAAACUUAAAAGAGCGUAUCCCUGUCCAUUGCCCAAGAUGCCUUUUAUGUCUGCCACGAGCGUGUCGAUGCCGAUACCAUCCUGCCUCAUGUCAGUGCAGUGUGUUAGAGGAUGGUCCUCCUCCGUUCACGUGUGGCUCCUUUUUCGGCUGAUAGAAAAUAGUGAAACUUGUCUCUGUGUCGAUCGUUGUUAGCAGUGACCGCGGCAGGGUUGUUUUGCCACGAGCACCACGGAACACUUUUGACAGUUUAGAAUCUCUCAAGAAGGAAAAAUACGUUUCCCAAGUAUUUAAACUCGUGAUUUCUGUGUGUUUCUGUCGCAGUUGAAUUCCCUCCUGAUCAUUUUUUUCUGUUCUCAACAAAACACAAGGUUAGAUUUCAAAAUUAAAAUGCGAAAGAUAUUUGUAUUAUAUUUCUGGCACUGAAGUGAUGAAUUCCCUGCUGAUCAGUGUUUCCACAAAUACCACAAUUUUUUCUGUUCUCAACAAAACACAAGAUUGGAUUUCAAAAU